CCAAAAGUUGGAAUUGUGAGGAAGGGGAUCGCAAAUGGGGUGGGCGCACGAGACGGUGGCCAUGGAGGAGUUGCUCGGCUUGGUGCGGGGCUUCGUCGACGUCCUCGUCCUCGCCGGCGGCCGCACCUCGUCUGGCGCCGCCGCCACCUGGCGCUCCGGUGACGUCAAGAAGGCCCUCCAAUGGGCCCUCUUCUUCGAGGAGGUUUUCAAGAACCUGCGUGACGAUGGUCAGUACGAUGAGUCUGCAAGUGAGCUCGAUGCUGCACUCGUUCAACUCGCUUCAAGCCCGAAUUUCCCCAAGGGUAUUGAGGAUAUCCGAUCAAAAACACUUGCGAUGGCAAGAGAGUUGGUUGUGAAGCAUUUUCUGAAAACAACGAAUGCGGAGAAUUUAGGUGCUGUACUUCAAGCAGUUGUUGAGAUGGAUAUGGAUGGCAUUUCUGCUAGUGGUGAAUGCAAUGUGUGCCAAGAGUAUGUGCAAUCGAUUUUAGAUAUGAAUUUACCUAGUUUGAUGCGAACCAAGAAUGCCCGUGAUGUUGGACAUUCCACUAGCUCUGAUGAAUUUUGUGAAGAAUCCUUGUUUACGGGUAAUUCACAGAUUCUACUUAAAGAACUACAGAAGAAGCUGGAUUCAGGAUCGUGUAUUUCUUUGGCUGAGAGAGAACUGAACACACUUCUAAAAAGCAUGAAAAAGGACAGCUUUGAUAGUGCAGGAAGUACAUUGUGCACCUCAGCAACUGCUCAGAAAACACAAAUCAUCGACAAGUUUAUCCUGUGGAAGCAAUGGAAAGCAAAGUGUUUGUCGUACUUGCUUGAUGAGCGUACCAUUCGGAUCAUGUCAGGAACUAAUAUGAUCUUUAAUGCUCCCAAGGAGCAGUGGAUGGGAUUGUUUGAACCAUUAAAAGUUUCUGCAGAUUCUAGUCAAAGUGGCAUCAUUGAAGUCAUGGAGCUAUGCUUGUUGGGAUUGGUUGCAAGGCAAUGGAACUCAUUAAUAGAGAGCAUCAUGUCACAUACUUUUAGUUCCUUUCCUAUAUCAAAACAAUAUGCUGAUCUGCACCAGUUGCUUCAAGGAACAACUCAGGAUGAAUGCCAAGACAAGCUUCUUGGUUUCAAGGAGAUGGAUAUUUGUGAGUAUGCAAGGCAAUCAUUAGAGAGCGAACCGUACAUAUUAUGGCUUCUACCUCCAGUUCUUACUGCUGCAGCAAUGCCGCCACGGUCAAGCUUGUUUAAGAUAUACCUUGUUGAAAUAGAUAAGCAACUCGGUGAAGCUGCUUCCAAAGACCGAAAAUGCAAUUGCGGAGGAGAUGGAAUAGACCAGCAUCAAAACUGUGAGAUUUCUGAAAGGAUUCAAUGUCUCUACACAUUCCAUGUUCAAAGAACUCAACUGACAAUUCAGUAGUGGCAGUAGCCAUGGGCCACAGUUCAAGACAGUGCAGGAGAUUUGCAGUAUGCACUGAUAUUUCAGAGUAAUUUAUUUUCCAAACUGACCGCUGUAGUUAUUUCCAUGUAUGAUAUACAUUUUUGCGUGAUGGAAAAUUUAGCCAGAUGACACAUUGACUGACAGUUCAUGCAGAUUGUCAAACUGGAUAUUGAAUAGAUUUUGCCUCUUCUCUGUUUGCCUUUUAAGUUGAGAAGCUAUGAUGAAUGUCCAGGCCAUGUUGAUUUUUGGUGAUCUAUCAGUGCCAUAUUUGUCCUCCUUUUUGUUUGUUUUCUGAACAAUUAAACUGAAACCUUAUGAGUGACUUGUUCAACAGUUGUGGUUUUACUGACAAUAAGCUUAAGGCAUUAGCUUCCUCCCUAUUUGGGUUUUCAUCCCAUCUCUCUCUUUCUAUUGUAGCCCUACUAAAGUUGUAAAGCAUCUAUAAUCCAAGGGAGACCAACAACAGCAGGAUAAGGCAUCAACCAGAGUUUUCUUUUUUCCUAUGAUAACUUGCUGGAAUCCAAACAAUGCUUUGAUUGACUUUUUUUUGGUCAAUUCUUUUUUUCCCUCUUAGUGCUUCUGGAUUCCACCUGCACCAGAUCAGAACUCCAAAACUCAAUUAAUAGAAUUUUGUGCAAACUUCCAGUUUUCUAUUCCUGCUAUUCUUUAUUUAUAGGUUUGGAUGAUGGCAAACAUAAUUAUUAAUUUAGAACAAGACGUUGCCAGGCCAGCUUUUCAAUGAAAGCUUCCGUUACAUGCCAAAUUGAGUUUGUCAACUCCAAGGCGCCUAGUAGCCAUAAAAAUACUCCUAGAUUGCAAGCUUGUUAUUUGGAUUCUUUUAUGAUUAUUGCUUCAUCCACACAGUUAGUUCACCAAGAAUAAAAGCCUUGUCAAGGUAGAGGUACCAUGUGCAGAUACUGCUAGCGAAGAGUUCACUGUAUUGGAAUUUUUAUUACAGCUCUAUAACUAAUCAACCUUAUAGUUCGGUUUACGAAAUACAUGUUUUGGUUGGACCAUGCAAGCAGAAGUGAACAUAUCUGAGGCCAUAGGUCCGUGCACUGUGCUACUAAUCUAGCAUUUAUAUCUCUUUUGAUACUUUCAAAGCUUGUAAAAACUGAAGGAAUCUGGCAUUGGUUGCUUCUGGGGAUGGUUGGUGCAUGUAAUAGCUGGUAGGUUUAAUAUUUACAUUACAGAGGAGUGGUCCUUGUGGUCCCAUUUACAAAAUAAAAUGGAGAUAAUUUUUAAGUAGUAACAGAUCAUUACGUUUAGUGGUUAUAAAAAAAUUGGAUACUUUAGCAGAUUAAGUACUUCUCUAGAACCAUAACCCCACCCACCAAGAUACACACAACAAACUAAACUUCUUAGCCCCCAAGAGGAUCAUAGACUCUUAGUUUCAGACCUUUGUUUCAUCUUUCAUUUCAUUCUGGGAAUAGGCUGAUUGAAGUGAAUCAUCUUAGGGGUACAUGAAACAGGCCUACAUCAACUAUGAAUCAGCUUCGCAAUGGAAAAGUUCCCCAAUAUCUUUCGCCAGCUAUAACUGUAGUACCAGAACUCUCUGAAGUUACAUUUCCUAGUUUUUCAGAGCAUAGACCAUCCUAUAUCGAAAGGGAGCAGUGUGGUAGUUCUAUCAACUCAUUUGAUGCUUCUACUCCAAUGUGUAUGUUAGCUUCCAACUUUACAUCAGAUCUUUAUAUCAACAAAAGUGAAUCACCUAACGGCAAGCUUUCUUCUGAAUCAUAUGCUAUUGAUACCUCUGGAUGUGAUUCUUCCUUGCCGCCAACACAGUCAUUAUACAAGGGUAAUCCAAGUUCUUUAAGGAUGGUUUAUCCUAAAGUAUCUGAACAGAAUAGUUGGAGUCAAGAACCACUGCCUGGACCAUUUGUUUGUCCAACUAGUGUUGAUUUCUUCGAUCAACAAGAUAUGACUAUUUUUGACCAACAAAUACAAGAUAACAUUGCAGCAAGUCCUAGCACCAACCUUGCAAAGCAAAAUGAGUGGUUCUCAUCUGGCACUUCCUUGCAGUAUUUGGAAAGUUCGGUGUCUGCUGGUUCUGUGCUGAAGGCUGUUGAUGCGACAAGUACAACACCUUCAAAUUAUUUGCAUUGUCAUGCACAGAGAAAUACAUCAAAUCCUCCCAACUUCAAUGAAAUUUGUUCUGGUAAUAUCGCUUCUUCAAACAUUGCUCCAACCAAACCAAGGAUGCGAUGGACACCUGAGCUCCAUGAGCGGUUUGUUGAUGCUGUUAACAAGCUUGGUGGAAGUGAAAAAGCAACUCCAAAAGCUGUCCAGAAAGUUAUGAAGGUUGACGGCUUAACUAUAUACCAUGUAAAAAGCCAUCUACAGAAGUAUCGCACAGUUCAUCAUCGACCUCAACUAUCUGAUGGUGAAUCUGCGAAAAGUGGCCAAACGGAUGAAGUUUCUUCUCAGCCCUUGAAAGGCAUGGAAACCACCUGUGAAGGAUUAAGGGUCCAGAUUGGCUUGCAGAAACAACUUCACGAACAACUUGAGAUCCAAAGAAAGCUGCAGCUGCAAGUAGAAGAACACAGCAAGUACCUCGCCAUGAUAAUCGAGAAGCAGAGCGAGAGCCUAAGACAACUGGGAGCAUUACCAAGAUCUCUAGAUGCACCCACUCAGGUUUUGGAUAACAGGGAAACGUGCGAGGGACAAACAGGAGAUGCUGAUUCAGCAGAGCAAAAACCUGAGAAAUGAAUGCAUAAUCUGGAAAUUUCAGAAGAGACGCCUUAUGCUGAAUCAUUGGCUGCAGGAAGUGAGAAUCAGGGCCAAUUUUAUUCAGACAUGAUUUGCUCAUUGGCUGUAGAAGAUGAGAAUCAUAUUCAUAUCCCAAAUACUGGGAGUAUGAGCUGUCCACUUGAUCUGAAACUGCGUUGCUGUUCCUUCGGUACACAAGUUUUCGUUCAGGGAGAUCCAAAGCUGCUGCUUUUUUGUGAAAAAGUAUGACUAUGCUGUAGUGUAACCAGUGUCAGAUUGUAGUUGUAGUUCAGGAACAAACUCACAAUAAGUCAGUGCCAGGCAUGGUUAGCUUAUCCAUCUCUCGAUGGUGUACACUUGUAACAUAGCACGAGUACCUUUUUAGAAGUUCCAGACUAAAGACACCACUCAUUUACAUGUAAAUGCUGCAUACAAAACCAUAUCAUUUCCCCCAA